AUGCCGAUUCACCACCUCAUGGUCGGCACCUGGACGCCUCCGGGGGCCAUCUUCACCUUUGCCUUUGACGACGAGGCCCUCACCCUGAAGCUCGUGAAACGCACCGAAAUACCCCACGACGAGCCCAUAUCAUGGAUGACCUUUAACCACAACAAAACCGCCAUCUACGGCGCCGCCAUGAAGAAGUGGUCGUCCUUUGCCGUCGAGAAUCCCACCACCAUCAAGCACCAAGUCUCGCACCCCAUGCUCCACGACCCCGCCGCCUCCUCGCCCUCGGCCAACACCCGCGCCAUCUUCCUCCUCGCCGCCCGCCAGCCGCCCUACGGCGUCUACUGCAACCCCUUUUACCAGCACGCCGGCCACGGCAGCGUCUUCUCCGCCGACCCCUCCUCCGGCGCCCUCGCCGCCAACCUCCAGACCUACCCGUACCAGCCCGGCACCGGCGUCCACGGCAUGGUCCUCUCCCCGGCCGACGAGCGCCACCUCUACUCGGCCGACCUCUCCGCCAACAAGCUCUGGGUGCACCGCCGCCCGGACCCGUCCUCCCCGGCGGUCGAGCUCGUCGGCAGCGUCGACGCGCCCGACGCGCGGGACCACCCGCGCUGGGUCGCCGCGCACCCCUCGGGCGCGCACCUCUACGCGCUCAUGGAAAAGGGCAACCGCAUCUGCGAGUACGCCGUCGACCCCGAGACGCACAUGCCGCGGUACACGGGGCGGCACUUUCCGCUCAUACCGCCCGGCGUACCCGACCGGUGGACCAUGUACCGCGCCGACGUCUGCGCCGUGUCGCACUCGGGACGCUACCUCUUUGCGAGCGCCCGCGCCAACAGCCCCGAUCUGACGGGCUACGUGGCGGCGUUCAAGCUGGCCGAGACGGACGGCAGGAUUGAGCGGCAGAUUCUGCUCAACCCGACGCCGACGAGCGGUGGGCACAGCAACGCCGUCGCGCCGUCGGACUGGACCGACGAGUGGCUCGCAAUCACCGACGACGAGCAGGGGUGGCUCGAGAUUUACCGCUGGCAGGACGAGUUCCUGGCGAGGGUGGCGCGGGUGCGCGUGCCAGAGCCCGGGUUCGGCAUGAAUGCGAUUUGGUACGACUAG